AUGGAUAUUUCGAGUCAAAACGUCGACAAUUCUAGUGAUAACGAUCUAACUGAUAUUAACAAGCCCAAAUUCAAUUCACAUGGAAAAGUCAAGCAGCACAAGUGCAAGCACUACAGCCAUGGGAAUUAUACCAAAACACUAGAUUUAAGGAUGCGACAGCACAGUAUAAACGGUCUGACCAUAGCAAAGUACUUAGAAAAGCACCCGAAAGUCGAGAAAGUACUCCAUCCAGGUCUAAAAUCACAUCCACAGCACGAACUGUUCAAGAAACAGGCUUCGGGGCAUAGUGGUACCUUUUCCUUCUACAUAAAAGGUGGUUCCGAAGAGACCAAAACCUUUCUGAAUAAUCUAAAAAUAUUUACCACUGCCGAAAGUUUAGGAGGAUAUGAAAGCUUGAUAAAAAUUCCUUCUAUAAUGACGCACGCGUCUGUUCCACCGGAACACAGGGUGGUUCUGGGAAUCACAGGCAACUUGAUUAGGGUGUCUGUUGGUAUCGAAGAUGUCGAAGAUCUGGUUGCGGAUUUGGAGUUUGGUUUCCAGAAAAUAUAAAACGAUUUUUUCUCGAAUAUUUUUUUAAAAAAAUCCUACGCUACGCGGAACCUGAGGAGUCAAAUUUAGUCUUAUCAAAUUAAUUAGUAUAUUUUGGGAAAUGGCUGACAUUACAUUUCUUAAAAUGUAUUACAAUAGUCACAUGAAUAAUUUGAAGA